AUGUCAGAGGCAAGUUCAUUCAAAAUCAUCAUUAUUGGCGCUGGCCUGGCGGGUUCUUUGCUCGCUAACGGGCUCUUGAAACACGAUGUUCCCUUCACAAUUUAUGAACGAGAUUCAGAAAACUCCAAGCGAGAAGGCUAUCAAAUCCGCCUGGGAGACUCUGCCAUUGUCGGGUUCAAAGCUUGUCUGCGCGAUGAGUCUCUGAAAGCCAUCAUUGAGAAAUUUGGACAGUCCGCAACAUCGGGAGCCGCAGCUCCAUGUAUCUUCUCGACUCAGUUCCAGCCUGUUCUUGAUUUGACCACCUUACCCACGUAUUCGAAAUCCUUCGCGAUAAACCGUGUGGUUUGUCGCAACUUGCUUCUCGAGCCCGUCAAGCUGAGCGGCUCUAUGCGUUAUGGAAAAUCAUUCUCUGCCUAUGAGAUCAUCAGUCAUGUCCCUACUGGUCCUGAGAAGGUAAGAGUCCUGUUUACGGACGGUACUUCCGACGAAUGCGAUAUCCUUAUUGGGGCAGAUGGAAGCGGUUCUCAGCUCAACAAAGCACUUGGUCUCAAAAAUCUGGUGGAAAUCGAUACGCACUGGUCCUUCUUGUCCAAAGGAAGCCUUCCGAAAGAGCGAUUGAAUAAGCUCCCCGUUCAGCUUCAAAAAGGACCGAUUCUGGUAUUCUCGAAAGGGGUCUCCUUUUUCUACGCCUUGUAUAUGCCAGCUAAGGCCAACGCUGGAAAAUCGGCCAGCAAAGAGAUUGAUUACGAUGAGACAGAGGCCUCCUUCUACUGGGGGUUGAAUAUCCCCAAGGUUCUAUCAACCGAAUAUCAGAACUAUGCAGAGAUCCCCAACCGUCUGGAAUUCUGCCUCGACAUCAUUCGCGACUGGGCACCUGAAUUUAAGACCUUGAUCGCGACAGGUCAAGAUGAAGCGCUAUCUACCAACAUCUACGUCACCCCCUUGCGAGCGAGUACCAAGCCUGUUGAGAAUUGGCGAUUACGCAUCCAGAAGGAGAAGGGGGGAGAGAGACAAGAAGAAGGGCAUCAUCGGGUCUGGCUUUUAGGUGAUGCGGUCCACGCGAUGCAGCCAAACCGAGGAAUGGGCGGAAACCAAGCAAUGCACGACUGUGCCGACAUUCUCCCACAUCUGGUCCAAUUAAACGGUGUUGCCGCUAGCGGAAGGCCACCCACAAUGGAAGAGAUCUCGUCAGCGUGUGCGAAGUUUGAGUCCGUGAUGACUGAGCGAGCUUUCACCUGGGUUUCGAAAAGCGGAGGAGCCUCGGUACCGAUACUGGACUUUGAUGGGAGCUUAGGGACGUUAGUCUCCAUCAUUGGGAAAUUCUUGGUGCCCGUGGUCUCUGCCAUUUUUCGCAUGCCGUUCAUGAGAUCGUCAGACAAACAGGAGUCUGACUGGUGA